UGCACGAACUGCAACACGACCAAGACACCGCUGUGGCGCCGCGAUCCCGAGGGCCAGCCGCUGUGCAACGCCUGCGGCCUGUUCCUGAAGCUCCACGGCGUCGUGCGCCCGCUGUCCCUCAAGACGGACGUCAUCAAGAAGCGCAACCGU